ACAGAUCAGCAGGUGUCCGCCCUGUCGAUGGGAUGGCACAGUGUCAAAGUCUGACUGUAUGUUUGCCUUUCUUUAUUUGUAUUUAGCUGUAAGAACACCCUGUCUCCAGUUAUUAUCUCAACCUUGAUAACAUCGAUACUGGCCUCUAGUUUCAGUCUGUAGAGUACAUGCCAUGCAGCAGAUCUACACUGAUAAAAGUGCAAACCCUGGUGCAGUUUGUACUCGUGAAUCUGGUAUUUGCAUCGCUCCUCUUGUCAUCUUACUGAUGUUCUGGGAGCCACUAUAAAAAAAGAUCUAAAGAAGGAUGAUGUAAUGUCGCUAAUCUAAUUUCUAAUCUCAUUGUGUUUUUUUAUAGAAGUGACAAAAGAGAUUUGGGGGAAAAGUGUGAGAAGAAAGAGAAGAUGACAAUCGGUAGGAACUCCAGGAAAAGCUCAGUCCGAAGCUCCAUCCGGGCCCCAAAGUUCUUGGACAAAGCUGGUGGUUUUUACGGUCGCCUCGAGGAGCCUGAGACCACCACAGAGGUGCAGGAGUUCAGGGAGGGCGAAGUAGAAGAUGGCAGCAAAGAAGUUGCGAGCCGUCCAUCGGGGGCAGAGGACGACGUGGAGGGGUUGAACUUCACCGAUGGCGUGAUGGAGGACGACGGGGAGACGCUCCUGUGCAGGAAACCCAGCCGGCGCAGCAGCAGGUGGAGAAGAAGCUCCAGGAGGAAGCAGAAGGAGGUCGAGGAGGAGCAAGCCCGAGACGAGAGGCCAAGCGUGGGCACUGGUAGUCCGGUGGACGGCCCCGUCCUGGAGGACAAGAUCAAAUUAGAGCUGGAGGAACUAAAAUCGAUGGAGGAGGUCUGCGUCGAGAAGGAGCCUCCUCUGGUCCACUUCAAAGUUCAAGAGUUUGCAGACAACAGUGUUCUGAUCAGAGACAAGAAGCGAGGAAGAGAAGAAGAAGGAGAGGAGGAGAGGAAGAUCAAGAAGGAGCAAGAAGAGGGGAUGAAGGUCCUGAAAAGGAAGAGUUAUCGCAAGGCUUUUGACCGGGCUCUUCGCCGUGGCUGGGAGGCCUUCAUCACCAACCUGUACAGUGUCACGCUCACACCUGUGACCUCAUCAUCAUCAUCGUCAUCAUCGUCAGCGUCCUCGCCCUCGCUGAAGAAGAAGCAUCAACACAAAGCCGUGCUGGCUGAGUUUCACUAGAGCUGGAUCAGAUCACGGACAUUUUAAAGUGACUCUUCGUUAAUAUGUAAAUAAAAAUCAGGGUUAAAGCAGUGCUUUUUCCUUUAACAUUCACGGUGCCUUCACUGUUUGUGAUGGUAACAAUCCCAAAGCUUUAAUUGUUGAUGUUGGUUAGAUGAGUUUUAAUUAUUAUUUGUGUUUAUUUUGUAUUCAAACUAUAGAAGUGAAUGUGAUAAAUGGGGAGGAGUCAAGUUGUGGUUUUUGUAUUUAAUCUUUUUAGCUGAUUUCAGCUGUGUUCUGUAGUGCCUUACAGCCGAUCCACUAUCAAGAGUGCAAAUAAUCCCUGUUUCCUUUGGAUUAACAUUAUGAAACACCUGAAGGGUUGAAGUGUAGCCGUAAAAGGAGCAGAAGAUUUCAGGAGCGCCAAUGACCGAUCAGUGGAUUUUUGUUUUUAUCAUGUAAUCUUUAUAAAAUCCUGGUGUGUGUUCUUGUGAUGGUUAUUUAACCUGAAGGAACUGAAGAGUUUAAAACAUGAAAACGCCUCAUUUUGCAGUUUUAAAUGUGAAUUAAACACACCAGCACGACCAGCUACACAUCUCAUUAAGCCUCGUUUGCAGCUGCUCAACGUGCUUUUUAAUAUUUAUUUGUUAUUUUAAAAGAUUGCCACUACCUGUAUUUAAAAGACUAUUAAUUAUUGACUUUUGUAGAAAUGAAGACUAUGUUUGAAAUAAACUUUUAAUAUUCUGUUG